AUGCAUUUCGCAGCACUACCGCUACUCUUUGGCCUCCUGGCCACUACCCACGCCAUCCCAUCUCUCCCACAGAGGUCCCCGUCAGAGACGCCGCCACCAAGAAGCUCCGAGUUCUACCUUGCAAUGAAGCUGAAUGGGGUGAACGGCACCUACGCCCCUCUCAACGCCGUCUACCUCGAAAACCGAGGCGUGCUACUGCGGGCGACGAACACGACCGACGCCCCUGGAACCCCUGUGUACGUCAACUCGACGGACUCCGACGACGAUUAUUUCCCCGACGCGCUGAACCUGGAUCUCACCGACAGCCCGGACGUCCCUGUCGCCCCCGGGGCAUACGGGCUCUUCGUGUCUGACCCGGGGGACGCGCACGGGUUGUCGAGCUAUGUAUUUGGCACCAUAGACGAGCAGCAGUUCGACUUCCACGUCGCCGACGGCUUCGUAUACCACAGGCUGACGGCGGCUCCCCAGAGCUGGUUCGCCUGCUCGGACAUUUUCGAGAACGUCACGGGGAUCUUCCUGAGCUGGGGGGUGUACGAGACCAAUUACUCGGCGCCGCCCGGCUGCGAGUGGACGGAGGUUAUCCAGAACUUCAACCUCACUGCGCGUGCCAGUUUGCCAUGGCCCUAA